GUAUAAAAACUGUGUUUUGUUCUGCAUAUUAGAAAAAAUUGUAAUGUUAGACUAAGUGCUAAGUAUUUUUAAAUUCUGAUUAUUCGUAAUACAAAUUAUAAUCACUAUGCUGGGUAAUUGGAGAAAUUGGUGCCGGUUGUGUGCCAACGAGUGUGCUAUCUUCAAUCUAGAGUCUCUCGAGGAGCUUAAUGAGAUUAUUAUGAGACACUUCCACUUUUCGCUUCAAGAAAUGGCCGAUGUGUGCAACUGCAUUUGUGAGGAGUGUUAUAAUUUCGUGAAUAAAUUGGAGCGUUUCAAGGAGCGUUGUUCGCAGACUAGUAGAAUGUUGGCGGAAUUGUGUGGGACCAACGAUGAGGAAUUGCUAGAAAGCGAUGUCCAGGAUUUGCGAUUCCGCUUCCUAAGCGACUCAAUUGUUGUACUCGAAGAUGAGAAAUUUGAGAAAGGUUUGAUUAAAAUGAUUCCUUCGACUUCGGAACUAGGAUAUGGCAAUGCGACGACGUUUGAUCAAGGAGUAGAUACCAGUGAUCUCAUUGAGCAAGAAUUGGUUGGUUUAAAAAUCGAAAAAGUGUCUACAGGUGAGCUAGAACUUAUGUAUUUUUAUGUUAUAAAAAUCUAUAUUUUUCGGUUUAAUAACGAAGACUGUGACAAGUCUUCAGAGGAGCAAACAGUGUCAACGAUAGGAUCAGAAAAACAUAACAAAUCAGCGAAGCAAGAACCAGAGGAAGAAUGUGUGGAUUUGCAUGAAAAUGAACAAGACGAGGAUCAUGAUUAUCAGUGUGAAGAAGAUUUUGAACAGGAUAGUCAGUCGGGAGAGGAAAUAAAGAAAAAAAUCAAAACAGGAAAAAAGCGAAAAACUAGGAAAAAAUUUGUGUCCCAGUUAGCUGAAACUGGAAAGGAGACAGAAGGCUUAAUUAGCUGUGAGUCUUGCGAUGCAUCAUUUCGUACGCGUUCAAUGUACGUUUAUCACCUGCAGUCAAAACAUCCCGAUUCAGCGGAACUUUCGCAUGGCUGUUCGAUUUGUCCGAAGCGAUUUCCGUCAGAGAAGAAAGCUAAACUUCACGAGUAUGUGCAUUUGCCGAGCGAUCAAAAGAUGGUUCACCCCUGCAGCUAUUGUGAUAAAAAAUUUAGUAAACUAGUGAAUGUUCAAGCUCAUAUUAAGGCGGUACACAUUGGAGAACGUCCAUAUAUUUGUGAAGAAUGUGGGAAAGCUUUCGGCACAAAAGGAGCUCUGAAAGAACAUCAAAUUACUCAUAGUGAUGAAAAACCUUUUCAGUGUAUCCAUUGUCCAAAAAGAUUCAAAAAUUUACCGCGGCUCAAGACACAUGAAGAUAUCCACAACGACACGUUGUAUGUUUGCCCUCACUGUGGGCUGCAGUUGAAUACUAAGCGAACGUUGAAAAUGCACUUGGUUGUACAUUCGGAUCAAAAAAAGUUCAAAUGCCAGUACUGUGGUAAUGAGUAUAAACGUUCAAAAGCACUGAAAAGCCAUUUAAUAUUACACACGGGUCUACGCCCUUACCAUUGUCCAUUUUGUGAGAAAACUUUUGCCAACGGGUCUAAUUGUAGAAGUCAUAAGAAAAAAGCUCACCCGAAGGAACUGGCUGCGUUAGAAGCCUCGGGCGAGCAAUCACGGGCCACCAACAUACCUAAGCUAGAACAGUUACAGCCAAAGCAAUUGCAGUCGAGUACCAACGCGGAUGAUUCUGUAACCAGCGCGACUGUCAUAUCGCAACCUACUGCGACCAUAAUUGGUGCUGCACCACAAGCAACAUUUGGCCCCGAACCGACAGAAGAGUUGCCACUUCCGCGUAACGUUCGUUUAGUAACAGCCUUUUAUCAAUCGCGAAGUGAACCUCCGCCAUUGAACAUUAUAAACCCAGCAGUCAAAUGCAAACCGGGCAGUGUCGAACCCUCAACAAUAGUACCUCGGCAGCCAACACAUGAAACACCCACUGGAACGAUAUCUGAAAUGAUUACUCUACCACCGCUGCAGCUCAUUACCACGAAUAAGUAGUGAACUGUCCGUUGUUGGUUUUAUUUUAAGGUUUUGUUGUACGUUUUAUAAAUAUAGUUUGACGUAAUA